GCGCGGGAAAGGUUUCAUUCAAUCCUGCUCGGCGGCCACAGGGACAUCCUCAACCCUAACAAUCCUACCCGGCCGCCGCCGCCGCCGCCGCCUCCUUUUACACCCUGACUCCCUGAGGUCCCACGAAUCACGCAAGUGGAAGCGGAGAAGCUCAAGUAGUCGCCAUGUCCGAAGCUUAUUUCCCUGUGGAGUCGGGUGCGCUGGGGCCUGAAGAGAACUUUCUUUCCUUGGACGACAUCCUGAUGUCCCACGAGAAGCUCCCGGUGCGCACAGAGAUCCCCAUGCCUCGCCUCGGCUCUUUCUUCCUGGAACGGAGCUCAGGCGCGGACACUGACAACACGAUCCCUCAGGGCUCAAAGCUUGAACUCCCCUUGUGGCUGGCAAAAGGACUUUUUGACAACAAGCGGCGGAUCCUUUCUGUGGAACUUCCCAAGAUCUACCAAGAGGGCUGGAGGACCGUGUUCAGUGCAGAUGCCAAUGUGGUGGACCUCCACAAAAUGGGGCCACAUUUCUAUGCUUUUGGCUCCCAACUCCUGCAUUUUGACAGUCCAGAGAAUGCAGAUAUUUCCCAAUCUCUGCUGCAGACAUUUAUUGGACGUUUUCGCCGCGUCAUGGACUCCUCGCAGAAUGCCUACAAUGAAGACACGUCGGCACUGGUGGCCAGGCUAGAUGAGAUGGAGAGGGGCUUAUUUCAAACUGGGCAGAAAGGCCUGAAUGACUUUCAGUGUUGGGAGAAGGGGCAGGCUUCUCAGAUCACAGCUUCCAACCUCGUUCAGAAUUACAAGAAGAGAAAAUUCACUGACAUGGAAGACUAAAGGCCAGGAGAACACAGAAUUGCUCCUUUUAAAAUUUUCCCUCCAUGAAUCCAUGAAAAGAGCUGGUUGGCCUUGUACAGAACCAGUAUCAUGUCCCAUUUCAUGGCUUCUUUCCUGUAGAAGUGUCAUACGGGUCUAUCUGGCUGGGAAUGGACAUGCUGGAGAAUGUCCCUCGCCCAGUGCAUCUUCCGGGAUGUCACACCUGCUGACCCACAGCCCAGGCCUUUUAACUCAAGAACCCACAGCUGAGAAGAAAUCAAAGUCCUUCCUAAAUAAGGAUCCUUGACAUAUACUUCACAGUAGUGCUGGAACUGGGACUCCUUGUGUCUGGGGCUGUGGGCAGCCUCAGAUGUCCAGUUUCAUUAGCUUCAAAGGACAGGCUCAAACUGGGUCAUCUCUGCCUUUCUCACAAAAUGUCCUCUUGAGCUUAUUUCCCUUGUCUUCCUUGUGGUUCUACAAAGGACAGCACCCCCACAAUGCUGGCCUGACUUGUAAGUAUUUCCUGCUGCCCGCCUGUGGGGAGUUACCCCAAUUUCCAAAAACAGUCACCAAGAAUAAGGGAGGAAAAAAGAAUGGCAGAUGAAUGGCACGGCUAUUACUAAAAAGAAGACAUUGCUUUCAUACUCUGUAAUUGGGGCUUUAUGAGCUGAAAUUCACAUAACUGCAGUCACCUAGAGAGGAAAUGGUUAAAGUGAGCUUUCUCUUGUCUUGAGAUCUUUAGAGCACCACACACUAAUUCCAUUCCCUGUCUAAAAAAGCUGUCAGGGAGUUGUUUGGAAUUGCUAAGUAGUUAUUAAAGGGUGUUAACCAGCCUUUGUUCCAUCUGGAAAUCAGGACUUCUUGAGGGUUGCUGAUUGUGAAAAGCCCUGUUUCAGAAACUGAACCUGGCAGAUGUUAGUGGGCAAGAAACCUUGAUUAUGUUUUUUUUCUCUUCAGUAAAUUUUGCAACAGUAUUGCAUAGACGAUCCCUAGCCAUUUACUGGGAAUCUUUUUAAACAAGCAGAGAACUCUUCCCUCAGAGAUCAAGGAGACCACCAAAGGGUAGUUUUCUCCACCCCACUGCUCCCCUCCAACCCCCGACAACUAGCAAAAAUUAUAUUUGUUGUUGGAAAUUAUAGAAGGAUUUGGGUAUCCAGA